AUGCAUUUGCUUAUCAAAGCUGAGAACAACCAGGCAGGACAAUCAAAGCUGCAGUCAAAACCAAUCAACCAGCACAAUAUCCAAGCAUCAAACUAUUUAGGACGUGCUAAUACCGAGCCACAUGCGUUUCUCCAGGUUGAUGCUCUUGGAAGGGUUCCUUUCUCUUCGAUUCGCAGGCCUGGCCCUCUUCUUGAAGUUGACUCUCCAAAUUCAUCUGCUGUCAGCAACAAUGAACAGAAAGCUUCUGACAUGCCCCAGGAACAGGAACCAAUGCUCGCUGCUAGAGUUACAAUCGAGGAUGGUCUAUGCCUUCAUCUUGAUGUAGAUGAUAUUGACCGGUUUUUACAGUUUAAUCAGUUGCAGGAUGGUGGAGCACAGUUGAGACAAAGACGACGAGUUUUGUUGGAUGGCCUGGCUGUAGCACUUCAAUUGGUUGAUCCACUUGGCAAGAAUGGUCACACAGAUGAGCUUGCUUCACACCUGAGCUUAGCACACGACGAUUUUGUAUUUUUACGGAUAGUUUCCCUUCCCAAAGGCCGGAAGCUGCUUGCAAGGUACCUUCAGCUUCUUUUACUCGGUGGUGAGCUUAUGCGAGUUGUCUGCAUGGCCAUUUUCAGUCAUUUAAGGUUCUUGUUUGGAGGCCUUCACUCUGAUCCAGGAGCAGCAGAAAGUACAAAUAACCUUGCAAGGGUUGUUUCCUCAUGUGUUCAUGGCAUGGAUCUUCGCGUACUUAGUGUCUGUCUUGCAGCUGUGGUUUGUUCCUCAGAGCAGCCCCCUCUUCGUCAGGUUGGAAGUCCUGCUGGAGAUGGGGUAUCUCUUAUUCUGAAGUCUGUCCUUGAUAGGGCAACAAAACUCAUGAUUGAUUUUAGAGCUGCUGGCAAUUAUAAUAUGACCAAUCAGUCCCUUUGGGAUGCCUCAUUUGAUGAAUUCUUUAACCUUCUUACCAAGUAUUGUGUAAACAAAUAUGAUACUGUGAUGCAGUCCUUGCGUAUGCAGUUCAAACCAAAUAUGGCAAUUGGUGAGUCAGAUGCUACCAGGGCUUUUAAAAGGGAAAUGCCGGUUGAUCUUUUACAUGCAUGUUUACCCCACAUUAAUGGUCAGCAGAGAAAGCUGAUAUGGGAUCUCUCUCAGCGGUCUAUGCUUGUAGAAUAG